AAUGAAACAACUCUUGCAGGAAAGCAGAAGAGUGAUGCACGCGAGAUGCAGAGUUUCUAUCAGCACUACUACAAGAAAUACAUCCAAGCUUUGCAAAACGCUGCUGACAAAGCUGACCGUGCUCAACUUACAAAGGCAUAUCAAACUGCUGCUGUUCUCUUUGAAGUCUUGAAAGCUGUUAAUCAGACAGAAGAUGUGGAAGUGGCUGAUGAGAUUUUGGAGGCUCAUACAAAGGUGGAAGAAAAAAGCCAAAUCUACGUGCCUUACAACAUUCUUCCUCUUGAUCCUGAUAGUCAAAAUCAGGCUAUAAUGAGACUUCCUGAGAUACAAGCUACAGUAACUGCACUUCGUAACACUAGGGGCUUACCAUGGCCAGCAGGUCACAAGAAGAAACUCGAUGAAGACAUGCUAGAUUGGCUUCAAACUAUGUUUGGAUUUCAGAAAGAUAAUGUUUCGAAUCAAAGAGAGCACUUGAUUCUGUUACUUGCUAAUGUCCACAUUCGACAGUUUCCGAGACCUGAACAGCAACCAAGAUUGGAUGAUCGCGCAUUGACUAUAGUCAUGAAGAAACUUUUCAAAAACUACAAAAAAUGGUGCAAGUAUUUGGGUCGGAAGAGCAGCCUUUGGUUGCCGACGAUUCAACAAGAGGUUCAGCAGCGGAAACUGCUGUACAUGGGACUCUAUCUUUUGAUUUGGGGAGAAGCUGCAAACCUGAGAUUUUUGCCAGAAUGCCUCUGCUAUAUAUAUCACCAUAUGGCUUUCGAGUUGUAUGGAAUGUUGGCUGGGAGUGUUAGUCCAAUGACAGGGGAGCAUAUUAAACCUGCAUAUGGUGGUGAAGAUGAAGCCUUCCUGCAAAAAGUAGUUACUCCUAUAUACAAAACAAUAGCAAAGGAAGCAAAGAGAAGUAGGGGAGGAAAAUCAAAGCAUUCUGAGUGGAGAAACUACGACGACUUGAAUGAAUAUUUUUGGUCAAUUCGGUGCUUUCGGUUAGGGUGGCCUAUGCGAGCUGAUGCUGAUUUCUUUUGUCAGACAGCUGAAGAACUUAGACUUGACAAAAGGGAGAAUAAACCCAAAACUGGAGAUAAGUGGAUGGGCAAAGUCAAUUUUGUUGAGACACGCUCCUUCUGGCAUAUAUUUAGAAGUUUCGAUAGAAUGUGGAGUUUCUAUAUCCUGUCUUUGCAGGCAAUGAUCAUAAUUUCUUGGAAUGGAUCUGGGGAUUUGAGCGGCAUCUUUCAAGGUGAUGUCUUCCUAAAGGUUUUGAGCAUCUUCAUUACGGCAGCUAUAUUAAAACUUGCACAAGCUGUCCUUGAUAUAGCUCUAAGCUGGAAAUCAAGACAUAGUAUGUCAUUCCAUGUGAAGCUCAGAUUUAUCUUCAAGGUAGUUGCAGCUGCAGUAUGGGUUGUUCUCAUGCCACUAACGUACGCAUACAGCUGGAGGACCCCUUCUGGUUUUGCGCAGACCAUAAAAAACUGGUUUGGGGGACACCACAAUUCCUCACCUUCCUUUUUCAUUACGGUCAUUCUUAUCUACUUAUCCCCAAAUAUGCUCUCUACGGUGCUCUUUGCGUUCCCAUUUAUCCGACGUUAUCUUGAAAGGUCUGACUUUAAAAUAGUGAUGCUGAUGAUGUGGUGGUCUCAGCCAAGACUGUAUAUAGGGAGGGGUAUGCAUGAGAGUGCAUGGUCACUUUUCAAGUACACGAUGUUCUGGGUUGUACUUCUAAUAUCAAAGCUUGCAUUCAGUUUUUAUGCAGAGAUUAAGCCUCUUGUUAAACCAACCAAGGAUAUUAUGCGAGUUCAUAUAUCAGUCUACCGCUGGCACGAGUUUUUCCCUCACGCCAAGAGUAAUAUGGGUGUGGUGAUCGCUCUUUGGUCACCUGUUAUUCUUGUUUAUUUCAUGGACACUCAAAUAUGGUAUGCUAUAGUAUCAACUCUGGUUGGUGGUUUAAAUGGAGCUUUUCGACGUCUUGGAGAGAUCCGAACACUAGGAAUGUUGAGGUCUAGAUUUCAGUCCUUACCAGAGGCCUUUAAUGCUUGCUUGGUUCCAAAUGAGAAGAGUGAAACUCCAAAGAAAAGGGGGAUGAUGGCGACCUUCUCUCGCAAGUUCGAGCAGAUUCCAUCUAGUAAAGACGAGGCCGCACGAUUUGCUCAGAUGUGGAACAAAAUUAUCANUUCCAAGAGUAAUAUGGGUGUGGUGAUCGCUCUUUGGUCACCUGUUAUUCUUGUUUAUUUCAUGGACACUCAAAUAUGGUAUGCUAUAGUAUCAACUCUGGUUGGUGGUUUAAAUGGAGCUUUUCGACGUCUUGGAGAGAUCCGAACACUAGGAAUGUUGAGGUCUAGAUUUCAGUCCUUACCAGAGGCCUUUAAUGCUUGCUUGGUUCCAAAUGAGAAGAGUGAAACUCCAAAGAAAAGGGGGAUGAUGGCGACCUUCUCUCGCAAGUUCGAGCAGAUUCCAUCUAGUAAAGACGAGGCCGCACGAUUUGCUCAGAUGUGGAACAAAAUUAUCAGUAGUUUCCGAGAGGAGGAUUUGAUUAGCAAUAGGGAAAUGGAACUCCUGCUUGUGCCAUAUUGGGCUGACCCUGAUCUAGAUCUUUUCCGUUGGCCACCUUUUCUGCUGGCCAGUAAGAUCCCAAUAGCUUUGGAUAUGGCAAAAGAUAGCAAUGGAAAAGACCGUGAACUGAAAAAGAGAUUGAGUGUUGACAAUUACAUGACUUGUGCAGUCAGAGAGUGCUAUGCCUCUUUUAAAAAUCUUAUAAACUUUUUGGUGGUUGGAGAACGAGAAGGACAGGUCAUAAACGAAAUAUUCUCCAAGAUUGAUGAGCAUAUAAAGAACGAAACACUGAUUAUGGAGUUGAACUUGAGUGCUCUUCCUGAUCUGUAUGGUCAGUUUGUUCGACUAAUUGAGUAUUUGAUGGAAAACAGAGAAGAAGACAAGGACCAAAUUGUAAUCGUCUUGCUAAACAUGUUAGAAGUAGUGACAAGAGACAUAAUGGAGGAAGAGGUCCCUAGCAUGAUGGAGUCAACCCACAAUGGAACUUAUGUCAAGUAUGACGUAAUGACUCCUCUUCAUCAACAGCGCAAAUAUUUCAGCCAACUUCGAUUCCCAGUGUACUCUCAAACAGAAGCCUGGAAAGAAAAAAUCAAGAGGCUUCAUCUUUUACUUACUGUCAAAGAGUCGGCUAUGGAUGUGCCAUCCAACUUGGAAGCUCGGAGGCGUCUUACUUUCUUUUCUAAUUCAUUAUUCAUGGAAAUGCCGGAUGCACCCAAAAUCCGCAACAUGCUUUCAUUUUCGGUCCUAACACCAUACUAUUCAGAGGAUGUUCUAUUCUCCAUUUUCGGCUUGGAGAAGCAAAAUGAAGAUGGAGUCUCUAUACUAUUUUACUUGCAGAAGAUCUUUCCAGAUGAGUGGACAAACUUUCUGGAACGAGUUAAAUGUGACAGCGAAGAACAACUCAGAGCAAGAGAAGAGCUGGAAGAGGAGCUUCGUCUGUGGGCAUCUUACAGAGGCCAAACACUAACCAAAACUGUGCGAGGCAUGAUGUAUUACCGGAAGGCUUUGGAGCUCCAAGCCUUCCUUGAUAUGGCAAAGGAUGAAGAAUUAAUGAAAGGGUACAAGGCUCUCGAGUUAACUAGUGAAGACGCACCAAAGAGCGGAAACUCACUCUGGGCUCAGUGUCAAGCACUUGCUGACAUGAAAUUCACCUUUGUGGUUUCAUGCCAACAAUACAGUAUUCAGAAGAGAUCUGGUGAUCAACGUGCUAAAGACAUCUUGAGGCUUAUGACCACGUACCCAUCUCUACGUGUUGCAUAUAUCGAUGAGGUUGAACAAACACAUAAAGACAGCUACAAAGGGGCGGACGAAAAAAUUUAUUACUCCGCCCUCGUCAAAGCCGCUCCGCAGACCAAAGCUAUGGAUUCUUCUGAAUCUGUGCAAACACUAGACCAGGUCAUUUAUAGGAUUAAGUUACCAGGACCGGCAAUACUAGGAGAGGGAAAGCCGGAGAAUCAGAACCAUUCGAUCAUUUUUACUCGUGGAGAAGGGUUACAGACAAUAGACAUGAACCAGGACAAUUACAUGGAGGAAGCUUUCAAAAUGAGGAACUUGCUGCAAGAAUUUCUUGAAAAGCAUGGAGGUGUAAGAACGCCUACAAUACUUGGACUUAGAGAGCAUAUUUUCACUGGAAGUGUUUCUUCUCUUGCAUGGUUUAUGUCAAAUCAGGAAAACAGCUUUGUUACUAUUGGGCAGAGGGUGCUAGCUAGCCCCUUGAAGGUACGAUUCCAUUACGGUCAUCCAGAUGUUUUUGAUCGAUUGUUUCACCUUACCAGAGGAGGGGUCUGCAAAGCUUCUAAAGUUAUCAAUCUUAGUGAAGACAUAUUUGCAGGUUUCAACUCUACACUUCGUGAAGGCAAUGUGACUCAUCAUGAAUACAUACAAGUCGGUAAAGGGAGAGAUGUGGGACUCAACCAGAUUUCAAUGUUUGAGGCAAAGAUAGCUAACGGAAACGGGGAGCAAACUCUAAGCCGUGAUCUAUAUAGGCUGGGGCACCGAUUUGAUUUCUUCCGUAUGCUUUCUUGUUAUUUCACUACAAUUGGAUUCUAUUUCAGUACCAUGUUAACUGUGCUUACGGUCUAUGUAUUUCUAUAUGGCCGGCUGUAUCUUGUCCUAAGUGGUCUUGAAGAAGGGUUGAGCAACCAGAGAGCUUUUCGUUCAAACUUGCCUCUUCAAGCUGCACUUGCUUCUCAAUCAUUUGUGCAGAUUGGUUUUCUAAUGGCCUUACCUAUGAUGAUGGAGAUAGGACUUGAGAGAGGAUUCCAUAACGCCUUAAUUGAUUUUGUCCUAAUGCAAUUACAACUCGCUUCUGUAUUUUUCACGUUCCAACUCGGGACAAAAACUCAUUACUAUGGUCGAACAUUGUUCCAUGGAGGCGCGGAGUAUAGAGGAACUGGGCGUGGAUUUGUGGUGUUUCAUGCAAAAUUUGCUGAAAACUAUAGGUUCUACUCGCGGAGUCAUUUUGUGAAGGGUCUUGAGCUGAUGAUUCUCCUCCUCGUGUAUCAGAUAUUUGGCCACGCCUAUAGAGGCGUAGUUACAUAUAUUCUGAUCACUGUUUCGAUAUGGUUCAUGGUGGUGACUUGGCUCUUUGCUCCGUUCUUAUUCAAUCCCUCUGGUUUCGAGUGGCAAAAGAUUGUAGAUGAUUGGACAGAUUGGAAUAAAUGGAUAUAUAACCGAGGGGGGAUUGGUGUUCCUCCAGAGAAGAGUUGGGAGUCUUGGUGGGAGAAGGAAAUAGGACAUCUUCGACACUCUGGGAAACGUGGUAUCAUCCUCGAGAUUAUCUUGGCUUUACGCUUCUUCAUCUUUCAGUACGGACUUGUGUAUCAGCUCAGCACUUUUAAACAGGAAAAUCAAAGUUUGUGGAUUUAUGGAGCUUCAUGGUUCGUGAUCUUAUUCAUUCUACUCAUUGUGAAGGGUUUGGGUAUGGGAAGACAACGGUUCAGCACAAGCUUCCAGCUUCUCUUCAGGAUCAUCAAGGGUUUUGUGUUCCUCACAUUUCUUGGGAUUCUCGUUACUUUCAUAGCUCUUCAUCUUUUAACACCCAAGGACAUCUUCCUUUGUAUGCUCGCUUUCAUGCCAACCGGAUGGGGAAUGUUACUGAUCGCACAAGCUUGUAAGCCUCUGAUUCAACGGCUAGGAAUCUGGUCAUCGGUUAGGACGCUAGCACGAGGUUAUGAGAUUCUGAUGGGUUUGCUUUUGUUCACUCCCGUAGCCUUCUUGGCCUGGUUCCCUUUCGUGUCUGAGUUUCAGACAAGAAUGCUCUUUAACCAAGCAUUUAGCAGAGGAUUGCAGAUUUCUCGUAUUCUUGGUGGUCAAAGAAAAGACCGAUCUUCCAAGAACAAGGAGUGAAACAAAUCAAUCAUAUAUAAGAAAAGAAACAGUGUGUGAUGAUGAUAUACACACUUGUAUAUAUUGACACUAUUAAAAGACAGUUAUGCCCUUACUAACUACGUCCUUUACCAAUCUAUGGUCUUUCUACGA